AUGGCAGCGAUAAUCAAGAGCGCGAUGCAGCAAAGUCUACGCUCACGACUCUUUCAUACAAGUGCACGUGCUUUAUGUAACAUCUCGACAUCUUCAUCCUCAUCUGUGUUUCUAAUGGCGACACGAUUAAAUUCCAUGAAUCCUUCAAUUCAAAAUCCACUUGUAAUGAAUCGUUUGGAGAUAACUGACUAUUUACCACAAGUAAAUGAACUUGAAUGUCCUGGCGAGAGUCUUAAUGAAUCAUUUCAAGUCAUUAAACGUACGUAUCAACCAAGUGUAUUGCGUCGUAAACGUAAACAUGGUUUUCGUACGCGUCGUGUUUCCAUUUCCGGUCGUAAAGUUUUAAAACGUCGGUUUAACAAACGUCGAUGGCGUAUGUCUCUCUAA